GACAUUUCCAACUCGGGGCUUUUCUUCAAAUAUGAUAUCACUUUAAAAUUUUGAUAUCGCUCUCGUGUCCUCUGAAUACCAGUAAAUCACACGACAAUUUCGACUCGCUUCUGCAGCUGUGUUGUGCAAAAUAGGCAAGGAUUUUAUGGGGCCGAGAUGGAAAGGAAAAGAGGCAGAAGCUAAAGCUCUUGCUGAUCCAAUUACCAAGAUUGUAUCUCAGCUACAAUCAUCUCUAGUUCAUUCAGAUUCCCAAGGAAUACUUUCUGGCUGUAGCGUACUUCUUGCAGUGGAUGCAGAACAAACCAAACUUCUAAAUCACACGUGUUUUGGUGUACCAAUCAUCACAGCUGAGAAGGAUAAGCAAUGGUUUCAGUUGAGCCUGGAGGAAGCAUUUUACUUGUGCAAUUCUUUAAAUUGUCUCAAAGUUGUAGGUGAAGGUAAUCUUGUCAAGGGCAAUAAUCAAUUGUGGAGUUAUAUGGUAAGCAAGAAAAAAACAUUCCCUGCUUUCUACAAGGCUUAUUCUCAUCUCCGAAUGAAAAAUUGGGUGGUGAGAUCAGGAUCUCAAUACGGUGUGGAUUUUGUAGCCUACCGACACCAUCCAUCUCUAGUGCAUGCUGAUUAUGCUGUGCUUGUUUCAGCAGAAUUAGAAGGCAAUGGAAGUGGUAGAUUGAAGGUUUGGUCUGAUAUGCACUGCACUCUACGGCUUUGUGGCGGUGUUGCCAAGACAUUAUUAGUUCUCCACGUCACUGAUAACAGUAAGAUCCAAACAUCUCCCUUGUGCUUGGAAAGUUAUCUUGUGGAAGAGAGAACCAUUACUAGAUGGAUUCCUGAGCAAUGUCGCGAGGACCAAAAACAAGUUCAGAAAUGGACUUUAUGAACUUUAGGAAAAAAAGUCAUAUAGCAGUUCUCAGGUUCCUCUAUAAUUUUCUUUUAAUCAUAUAGAGGAUGCAAUAGACUUGCUUGUUGCAGAUAUUGUUCAGAGAUAGUGUAAUUUUAUACAUAUAGGUUUAUUUUUCUUGUUUUUGCCAACUUAUAAAAGGCAGCAAUUUCAAUGUUGUUGAA